UGAAAACUAUUCAUCACACACCUUGUUUCAUUGCAUCAAACUAAAUCUGUUCUUUAUUCUUUAUUAAAUUUGUCAAUUUUUUCAAAUUCUAGAUUAGUAAAAAAAAUGGCAGCCAUUCAUUCGUUGAAUCCUAAAGCCGAAAUUGCUCGCCAUUCACAAGCAUUGGCUGUGAAUAUUAGUGGUGCCCGUGGUCUACAAGAAGUUCUCCGUACUAAUCUUGGUCCAAAAGGAACAAUGAAAAUGUUGGUCAGUGGAGCUGGUGAUAUAAAAAUUACCAAAGAUGGGAAUGUUUUACUUCAUGAAAUGCAAAUUCAACAUCCAACGGCCUCAUUGAUAGCAAAAGCGUCAACAGCUCAAAAUGAUGAAACUGGCGAUGGAACCACAUCGACCGUAUUGAUCAUUGGUGAAUUGUUGAAGCAAGCCGAAAUCUACAUCAAUGAAGGUGUCCAUCCUCGUGUGAUUGCGGAUGGCUAUGAUCAAGCUCGUAAAAAGUCAAUCGAAUUUAUGGAUACUUUCAAAUAUUCAGCCAGCGAAACCGACCAGGAAUUGAUGCUAAGCGUUGCUAAAACUGCACUAAAAACAAAAGUUGCCGCUCCUAUUGCCGAAAAAUUAGCAAAAAUUUGCGUGGAAGCCGUGUCACACAUCCACAAACCGGGAAAAUCGAUUGAUUUGUUCAUGGUGGAAAUCAUGCAUAUGCAAUGCAAAACAAUCGAAGAUACCACUUUGAUCAAAGGUUUGGUACUGGAUCAUGGUGCUCGCCAUCCAGCUAUGAAAAAACGCUUGACCAAUGCUUACAUCCUUACUUGUAAUGUGUCUCUCGAAUAUGAAAAAACAACUGUUCAUUCUGGAUUUUUCUAUAAAACGGCCGAAGAACGUGAGAAGAUGAUUGCUGCUGAACGAAAAUUUAUUGAAGAUCGGUGCCAAAAAAUAAUUGAUUUCAAGAAACAAGUUUGUGGUGAUGAUCCCGAGAAAAAUUUCGUGGUAAUCAAUCAGCAAGGCAUUGAUCCUAAUUCACUUGACAUGCUGUGCCGGGCAGGAAUUACCGCUCUUCGUCGGGCCAAACGUCGAAACAUGGAACGAUUAACUAAAGCAUGUGGUGGCCGCCCUGUCAAUUCACUUGAAGAUCUUACUCAAGAUUGUCUUGGUCAUGCUGGUUUAGUUUAUGAACACACUUUAGGCGAAGAUAAGUUCACUUUCGUCGAAGAAUUGAAAAAUCCAGAAUCAGUUACUAUAUUGAUUCGUGCACCUCACAAAUAUUCUAUAACUCAAAUUAAGGAUGCUCUUUAUGAUGGAUUAAGAGCUAUCAAAAAUACCAUUGAAGAUAAAGCUUUAAUACCUGGUGCCGGAGCUUUCGAAAUCGCCUUGCAUGCUGAAUUACUAAAAUUCAAAAAUCUUGUUGAUGGUAAAGCCCAACUAGGUGUACAAGCGUUUGCUGACUCCAUUUUGGUGAUACCAAAAACGUUGGCAUUCAAUUCAGGAUAUGAUCAACAGGAAGUUAUCAUUAAAUUGUUACGUGAAUACAAUGAUACUAAAUUGCCCGUUGGAAUUGAUCUUAACACUGGUGAACCUUGCAAUCCAAUUGUAACCGGCAUUUUUGAUAAUUAUCGCGUUAAAAGACAAUUGAUCUUUUCUUGUACUUCGAUUGCUUGUAAUAUUUUGUUGGUCGAUGAAAUAAUGCGUGCUGGACUGACAUCGUUGAAAACUGGACCGAAAAUGGGCUAAAAAAUUUCACUCAAUUAUUGUAUCAAUCUUUCAGAAUUUUUACAAAAUUUAUUACUUAAUAAAAUGAACGAAUUCAUUUUUUA